AUGAGCCUCUCCCCGUCCAGUAUAUCCCUCCCUCCCUCGGCUCCCUCUUCCUCCCCCGUACACGCACACCUCUCGCCCUCGACCUCCUCUCCACGUUGCCCUCAACGGCCUAUCCUUCGACUCUACCCGCCCCCUCCUCUCGUCCGCUCAACCUCUCCCACGUCCGACCCGCUCUCCCGUCCGACCUGCUCUCCCGUCCAACUCGCUCUCCCGCCCGGCCCUCUUGACCCAAUCGCUCGCUGUACCGCCCUCCCCGCUCUCCUCGCACGAUCUCAUGCCCACUGGCCCACCGGCCGGCUCGCGCGCAUCGUCCACAUCGUCUCGCGCAUCGCAUGGCUCGACACCACCGCCGUCCACCACCCCGGCACGUCUUCCGCCUCCUCCACCUUCGUCAACACCUCUACCUCCGCCUCCUCCUCCGCUGUCGCCACCACCACCACCCACACCACCACUACCACCGCUUCCUCCAGCUGA